UAGUGAUUCCCAAUUCAUUCUUGGCGGCUUCAUGAUUACCCCUGGUCGUCUCACAUAUUCCGUCUCAACUUCACCAGACAUAUAUGGUCCAAAUUCCCAUAUCACGAUGACUUGUUCCGGAUACCUCCUCCCGUUCGAGCCUUCAUAAUGUUCAAGUCCGCAGGCUUACUCGUUUUUGCGCUCAUAUCUCUUGUUACACCUGGUUUAUCGGAAAAGUCCACAUCCCACGUAGCCGUAUUGUACUCACAAUGUUGGCACGAAUUUCCACUUUCUACUGCAAUAUUGCGUACUUCACGUGAUGGAAGCUCGGAGCUUGUCUCGAAGGUUAGCUUUAUUGCAAAUCCAUCGCAGAACCAGCCUCCACUAGAUCGCCUGGACAACUACGCGCCUUGGACACAUGAACCGAUCUGUACUGGUGUCUUGCAGAGCCUGGAUAGCAAACUCUGUGUGUACACAAAUGCUACUUUCAGCAAUGGACGAGGGAUAUCGAUAAUCACUACUCCUCGUAUCGCGGAUGAGUUUGCAAACUUGCCCAUCUUCCGCUCAGCCAACGCGCUUGAUGGUAUCAACGUCUUCUCUGGGGCAUGGUACACUGAGAAACUGCCCGGAAAGGGCGUUGGGAUGCUCGCAAGGAAGCAGUUAAAGUUCAAAGACCGAGUUACGGCCUAUACACCUGCAUUGGUCGCCCUUCUUGAAGAUGAGCUUAAGACGAUGGAGCGGGAGCAAUUGUAUCGAGUUGCUGUAAACCAACUGCCUGAAGCAACCAGGGACGCAUAUAUGGACCUCGCCUACGUCUACGGUGAACCCAAAGUACGGGUACAGGACAUUGUCAAAGCAAACACUUUCCAGCUCCAUGUUGGCGGACAAAAUCAUCUUGCAGUGUUUCCGGAGACCUCGCGGCUGAAUCAUGCUUGCGCUCCAAAUGCUCAAUAUUACCUUGACCCAGCGUUGCUGACUCACUUUGUUCAUGCUACUCGUCCUAUCUCAAUCGGAGAAGAGAUAACGAUAUCCUAUACCUCUCCAUUAGAGCUCACUGAUUCACGUCAACGACAUUUACAGGAAGGAUUUCACUUCACCUGUUCCUGUCCCAGAUGCAGUGCGAAAGCCACCACGGACGCGACACUGCACAAGAUAGGAGAUCUGCAGACCGCGUUGAACGACUGGUCUGCUACAUCCACCGCUACGCCGAAGUUGGCAGAGAAGCUGAUUCAGCUAUAUCGAACGGAAGGCCUGGAUGGUUUCCUGGAUGUGCCGUAUGGCUUUGCUGCACUGGCCUAUAACGCCGUAGGGGAUACGACGAGAGCCAUCAAAUACGCAAAGUUGGCCAAGGAAGCCAUUCUGCUCAAAGAUGGGCCAUGGACCCCUAAUAUGCAGAUCUGGACGGAGCUGCUGAAGGAUCCAACCCAGCAUUGGAGUUUCAGAAGGAGGAAAUAGGAGACGAAUCCUCGCUGCUUUUACUCACUUCGCUCCUGAAAACUUGAGUCGGGCUACCACAGCUGCCGCCGAGAUUGCUUGGGGAUGCUGUCCAGUCCCUCCCCUGAGUAGCUAAAUGCUCUGGAGUUAGCGGCACAGAACGAUUGCACAUGUCAAGGAGAGGGAGUACGGUAUUUCAAUUCAGUCCGAGGUAUAUUGUAACACAACGCAUCCCGAUAUUGACCAGCUUUCAGCUGCUCCGACCUCU